AUGUCUCAUAGAAUUGGCUAUAGAUUUCUAUCGCCUCCACACUGCGAAAUUACACGACGAUUAGCAGAAUCAGCAGAAGGUGCUUUUUUACAAAACGAAGGACCUUAUUCUAUAUUAAAACUUGGUAUAAAACGUGCUAAAUUUGCUUUAAGUUCAGCUUGUUCAAGCAUUUGAAACUAUAUUUUCCCCCCCGCCCAAAUAGGAGUGAUUUCAAGAGAUGCCUUUUCAAGCUUGAAAAAAAUUUAUCCUAUUUCUGAGUUCAUAGAAGAUAGUAUAUCUCAGCCAAAGCCUCUUCAUACAGAUACUGGAACUUCAGCCCCCACCCCAGGAAGAUUCGAGAUAAGAGAUUCGGAGUUAAAGCGGCCAUUUGAAGAAAUUACGCCUUAUCAAGCAAAAAGAUUGAAAAAAGAAGAAAGUUUAAUGCUAAGUGUGAUAAAUUCUGAGCAAUCGACUGCAGUAGAGAGAGAAUCGUUUAAGCCAAUUAUCCCUGAAAAUAAAAUUAAAAUUCCGCCAUGAAGGAAAAUGCACAUCAAGUUAACAGAUAAGCAAAACAAGAAUGAGCCAGAAAAAAAUAACAAUAGCAUAAUGAGAAAGGAAAAAGAAAUAAUAGUGAAGACUGUGACAAUCAUCAAAGAUGCUGAAAAAGAAAAUUUUAACAAAAUUCAGUCCUGCGACUUUAAAGACGAGCCAGAAAAAAAUGACAAUAGCAAAUUUAUAAAGGAAGACGAAAACAUAGCAAAGACUAAAAUCGUAAAAGAUACAGAAAAAGAAAUUUGGAAUCUCAACAAAGUGCAAUCCUCUGAUUUUAAGAAUCAGUCAACUAGUCAGGCGCCCGACCCCGAUUCAACAUUGCAACUAAAAAAAAAUUGGAAAGAGGAAACUAAACAAAGAUCCACAGAAGUAUCUUUUAAAGGGGAAACUAAACAAAAGCCAGUAGAAAUGAUACUAGGGGACGCUAAAUCAAUUCACUUAGAAAAUAUACAAGAAGAAAAAGAAAAGUCUUCAGAAGAAUCAAGCAUGCAAGCUGGAAGUCAAAAUAUUGAAGAGCCUUCAUCACCUGCAGUAAGCUUUGGUGGCCAAUCUCAAGAAUUAAAUGCAGUUUCUCCGACAAAAAAUUCGAAUGAUUCAAAUUCAUUUUUUGUAAAAAAUAAUAAUAAAGCACUUGAAAAAAUCAAUGAAAAUGAAGAAAAAGAAAAGGUUGAGAUGGAAUCUGUAAAAACUGAGCAUUCGACUCCCAAUUUUGAUAAGGAUGAGAAAAGUAAAGAGUCUGACAAGAAAACAGCUGAACAUCCUGGGAAAUCUGAAUUGCUCAUAAAGAAUGAUUCUGUUUUGAAUCCUUUUGAAUCGAAAAUUUAUGAGGCAGCCAAAAAUCAGCCAAUAAUAAAUUUAUUCAAGAUGCCAGAGCAGACUAAUAAAUUAAUUAGUUCUGGAUGCUUUAGGUCUCAUCUCCAAUGUGUGACGUUCUGUCGGCUUCGGAGAAGCCUGCUAGAAGCCAAGCGAAUUGGGCGGCUUCCACCUUUGGCAACUCUGAGCCCAGGCCGAAACUCCUGGCUUCUCGGUAGCUGCAUUUACCUUUUGGUCAAGACCUUUGCCAGUAAAACCCUUUCAGGUCAGACCUUUGAUAGAUAAAAUCUUUUAGGACAGACCUUUAAGGUUAAAACCCUUUGAGGACAGGAAAUACCAUAUUCACCCUGGUCCAUUUAGUUUAUCUACCCUGACUAUUAGUCUGGUCAGUGUCGUUCCUCUGAAUUGGAGCCCUUAACUGAAGGAAGCCUCCAUUACUUUUUCCAAUCAUCUUCAAAAAAAAUACUCAAUAGCUCCUGCGAUUAAUACAGACCACCGCAGAAGCUUGAGCAGGUAAGUCAUCCUGCUCCAUUUCGGGCACUCACUGACUUGGGCGUUGCUUGCAAAAAGAAUUUACGAGCUACUGCCCUUCUGGCUAAGCCAUGAAACAGCAGCUCCAUACUUAGACCCCUUGCUUUGGGGUUCUAGUGUUGCUGGGCUAACUCCUAACUUUAGAAACCAUACCAGAAUAUGCACAUGCAACAGCUAUGAGAGGACGGGUUGGACAUCACAUGCCAUUUUAUGUAUAUAGCAGGCCAAUAAAAAAUUAGAAGCCAAUAAAGCAGAUUCAAAUAUUGAGGAAGAUAAAAGGCAGCUACAAAAGUUUGAUAUUUCUUCUACAACAUCUUCAAAUCCAUUUUUAUCAAAACUGCCUUUAUCAUCAUUUUCAUCUGCAGCCAAUAUAAAUAAUGAAAAAAAUUAUGUAAAGCCUUUAUUUGUUUUUGGUGGCCAGAACAACUCAUUUUCAACCAACCCGUUUAGCCAGCUUCCUUUAGCUCCAGCAAAUUCUUUAAAUGUCGAUAUCAAUCCAUUUCAAAGCCUUAAAACAGCUACUUCAACAUCAGGCUCAAUUCAAUAUAGCCAGCCUAUGUCAAUAAAUAAUACUCCUUUAAUCACAUCUUUUUCAGAUUCUCUGCCUAAUUCAUAUCGCACCUCAGCCGAUGCUGCUCAAUUAUCUUCAUCUAAGCCAUUUAAAAGCAAUUUCCACCAAAGUUCUUCAAUUUUUGAUCCUUUAAUUCAAAACACUACUCAGCCUCCUACAGUUGCUCCUAUAGCUUAUCAGCCUCAAUUUGGAAUCUCUCAAUCCCAAAGCACCCAAGCUAGAUCAAAUCAGCAAAUUCAGUCCAAUUUUCCUAUCCCUAAUAUUGAUAUCAAUAUGAGUAGGGUUGCAAGUGUUACACAAGAAAUAAAAAACCCCUUUGAGAAUCCAUUUCCUAAUACAUCACAUAAUUAAAAUGGAGGUGGUGACAAAAUAGGUCCUCGACGACGUCCCACCAUUUUGGCGCAAAAGUUGCUUUAUAGCCUAAACCAAGGUUCAGGCCCUUUAACUCUAACCCUUAGCAUGCCUAGAGCUGCCGUAUGGGGUGGGUAAACUUUGGGAGUCAGCUGGUGGUCACUCCAGUCAAAAGUUUUAAUUAUCCGAAUGGUUUUUGGGCCGUGAGUUCUUUCCCUACCGGUUCCGGAGGCAUCGGGCUAACUUUUGCCUUUCAUAGCACCCGACAUGACGUGAAGCAUAUGCAAGGUGGAGUCUCUCCUAACCCGUCGAAACUCAGCGGAGCAUGCAAGCCUUGGUCGUGGGAGAAGAGGCCCAAGAUUGGCAAGCAGGUUUUGGGAUCCUCGAAAGCGUGCGGAGAUAUCAAGCUGGAAGACUUUAAAGCAAAUUUAAGUUAAGUUAAUACAUCACAAAGAACUUUUAAUUUGGGCGCUUUUCCAGAUCGAAAGUUUUUAAAGGCAAAGCGGCCAGAGCAAAAGUAA